GUGUCCUCACAGUGUAAACUUGACACAGCCGAGGGUUUCCAUAUCUACACUGUCGUCCUCCGCGGAUAAGCAGAAACCACAUUAAAUAGAGCCGGGCCAGCUUCCAGGGCGAACAUGGAGGAGAAGGAGGAAGCCGUCGUGGUCAAACGCGGCAGUUCGGAGCAGAGGAAGCUGCGUUCUCGUGACGCGGCCCGAUGUAGGCGGAGUCAGGAGACGGAGGUGUUCUAUGACCUGGCCAGCACUCUGCCGCUCCCCCGUCGAGUCUGCACCCACCUGGACAAGUCCGCCAUCAUGAGAGUCGCCCUCAGCUUCCUGCGGAUGCACCACCUCCUCCUCCGACCCGGUGAGAAUCAGAGUGUGAAGUCCGAAGAGGAGGUGGAGAAGGUGGAGAAGGUGGAGAAGGUGGAGGAGGAGGAGGAGGAGGAGGAGGAGGAGGAGGAAGAAGAAGAAGAAGAAGAAGAUCCAAUGGAUUCUUUCUAUCCUCAGGCGCUGGCCGGCUUCAUCAUGGUGAUGACUGAGGAGGGAGACAUGAUCUACCUGACGGAAAACGUCAGCACCCACAUCGGCAUCCCACAGCUGGAGCUGCUGGGUCAGAGUAUCUAUGACUUCGUUCACCCGUGUGAUCAGGAGGAGCUCAGAGACCUGCUGAUUCCACGUCCAGGUUCGCGCAAGAAGCUGCUGGCAGAACGGCCGAGCGAGAGGAACUUCUUCCUGCGGAUGAAGAGCACUCUGACCAGCAGGGGGCGCACCGUCAACAUCAAGUCUGCUACCUGGAAGGUUCUCCACUGCACGGGUCACAUCCGUCAGGUGGGCGGCGGCUCCGCCUCGCCUCCUGUGGGCGGAGCAAUGACUUUGCUGUGUGAGCCCAUCCCUCACCCGUCCAGCGUGGAGUUCCCUCUGGACACGCGCACCUUCCUCACCCGCCACAGCAUGGACCUGCACUUCACACACUGCGAGGGCAGGGUGACAGAGUUGGUGGGAUACAAACCUGAAGAUCUGAUUGGUCGCUCAGCCUACGAGUUUCAUCACGCCCUCGACUCUGAUCACGUCAAAAAGAGCAUGCACACACUGCUGUCCAAAGGUCAGGUGAGCACCAGACACUACCGUUUCCUGGCGAACAGCGGCGGCUUUGUGUGGGCGGAGACUCAGGCGACCGUCCUCUACAGCAGCAGGACGUCGCAGCCGGAGGCCGUCGUCUGCCUCAACUAUAUUCUCAGUGCCGUGGAGGAGCCGGACCUCGUCUUCUCCGUGGAGCAGACCCGCUGCGGCCGGCCGCCUGAAGCAGCCGAGCCCCGGGCGCCGCAGCUCGCAGCGAAGGAUUGUGGGACUUCCGACAUCAGCAACUCCGACCCGGGCGGUGAGCGCCUCGUCGGCUCCGGUCCGACUGAGGACGCAGGUUUGAAUCCCAGCAGUGCGGCAGAGCUCUUUUUCAAACCGCCGGAGGAGCUCCUCCAGUUGGCUCCCGAGGCCGGAAACGCCAUCAUCCCAUUGACGGGAGAUUUCGUUGAGCUGUCGUUCGUCAAUCUGCCGAGUCCGGACCGCCCUCAGGAGUUGUGCAGUCCACAGCUGCAACAGCUCCUCUCACCCAUCUCCAGCCUCAUCACUCCACCUUUAUCAUUAUCAUCAUCAUCAUCAUCAUCACCGGCCUCAUCACCGGCCUCCCCACCUGAUGAUGACUCGAGCCCCUGUGAGGAGGAGGUGACGGACCCCAGCGAGGUGGAGCGGUUCUUCGCUGUUUGGCCCGAGGACAGUGAGAAGAAAGAGGAAGUUCUGGAGAUGGAGGUGAUGGAUCUGGACAUGCUGGCUCCUUACAUCUCCAUGGACGACGACUUCCAGCUGACCAUCCUCAACAGUCUGCCGGAGGAAGCCGACAGACCUCUGUGUUCUUCGUCCGAGCCCUCUGCAGUGAGCAGGAAGCGGGCUCAUAACCCAGACGAGGAGACGCUGUCCGAGCUACUGAAUCAGGACAAGAGACAGAAACAAGAUCCUUCCUCAAUAGAAGAGGAACUUCUUCUCGGCCACAGACUUCUGAGCUGUCUGGAGGAAACCGACCAAUCAGAUUUGUUCAUGGACCUGGGCGCUGCAGGGCGAAGUCAGCUGCUCACAGACAGAGACCCUGUUUUAGGAGGCACACAGGGACUCUGUGAUACUGCAUCUCUGAUGAGGGACAUAUUCACAGCUCGUCCACCCGAUCUGUCGCCGCCUCCAACGGCCAUGACUUGACGGGAGCCUCUUUUCCGAUCAAGAGUCGCCCCGACGUCUGCACUCAAACAGCCGGACGCAGAAUGUAGACCGACGCCCGCUGUGUCACCACGUCCAGCGUGACCUCGAUGCUUUAGUUGCUGAACCAGGACAGGUCCAAGUGAGAACUGAUGGCGGGUUGUAAAGCAGGUGGGAGGUGCCCAUCGCAGCCCGGCCGCUCGUUCUCCCUCUACAUUUAACACUUAAGCUCUGAUUUAAUGUGAGAAUCCAACAGGUGGUGCUAAAAGAAAUCCUGUGAGACAAAUCUGGAAAUAUUUCUCUGUGCAGCUCAAUGAAAUUUAUCACGAAUUUCAACUUUAUCACAUUUAACCUGUUUUCAGUAUGUGUCAUUAUUUAGGUAUGAUGUGCAGGAGCUCCCACAAUGCUCUGCUUUAACUUUGAGUCUAUGUCCACAAAGUAUGAACGGUUGUAUUCUUCUUCUUUUUUAUUUCAAUGCCAUUUUGUGUUGUUCUUUCAAAUUAUACCUCCAAAACAACCCAAAACCUUAUAGCGGUGGCAGCGUCUAUUUCAGUGGCAUAUUUUUACUGUUAUCCUUAUUCUUAUACACUCUUAUAACCGUGUUAUCUAAAACCCACGAUGGCCUCCGAAAUUACUCGUGGCGUUUGUUUUAAUCUUCCUGUGGUGCCAGGUGGGUGGGGUUUACCUUAUACGUUAACGUGAGGCGAUCACAUUUUGGGGCCAGCAUGAUAGUGUUUACCUUUAUGGAAACACAAUGUUAUUAUAAUUAAAACAAAUUAGAAAAUAUAAUGUGAUUUAAAAACAGAUUGUAAUAAAAGCAGUAGAUGUUUUGUUUUUUAAUUAGCGACAGUUUGUUCAUGCACUCCUUAGAAAAGCAUUUAUAACACUCGUAAUGUGUCGAAUAUGAGUUUGAUUUCAUGACUUGUAACAAAUUGUGCCUCAACAUACUCUGUAACGAGAGUAGACUUGUAUUUUACAGUUGUAGCAUUUGAUGAAUAUAUAUCGUAUUGUGUGUAAUGUGAUUUAUUUUGGCUUUAGACUUCUGUAGGUUUCUACAAAUAAACCCUCAAACUGCUGUCUGUCCUAAUUCAA